AAUUUUACUGAGCUUGUAUCCAGAACUGAGAGGGUUAACUCCCAGGAGUACAAAGUGCUGUUUGUCUUUCAGUUUCGUUUCUUGUUCAGUUGCUGUUCCUGCUCUCAGUGAUGGCGGCUGCUGAUCUGAGAGACGAGCUGAGCUGCUCCAUCUGCCUGAGCAUUUAUACUGAUCCUGUAUCCCUGCCGUGUGCCCAUAACUUCUGCCGGGGCUGUAUUGGGAGGGUGCUGGGCACCCAGGAGGGAUCUGGGCCUUAUUCCUGCCCUGAAUGCAGACAGGAGUUUAAGGAGCGCCCUGCCCUGCCCAGGAACAGAACUCUGGGGAACAUAGCAGAGCGAUUCCUUUCUGCUCAGCCCGAGCCGGGGGACACUGGGAUUCCCUGCACCUACUGUGACUCCCAUGUACCUGCUGUUAACUCCUGUCUCCUGUGUGAGGCUUCUCUGUGUAAUAAGCACCUGAGGAUGCACAGCAAGUCAGCAGAACAUGUACUGACCCAACCCACUGAUUCCUUCAUGGAGAGAAAAUGUUCUGUACAUCACAAGGUUCUGGAGUAUUACUGCUGUAAGGAGUCUGUCUGUGUCUGUGUGUCCUGCUGUCUGGCCGGAGAGCACAGGGGCCACAGGGUGGAGCUGCUGAGUGAGGCCUCUGAGAAGAAGAAAGAGACACUGAGGAAAGUUCUGAAGAAACUGAGGCCAGAGAGAGAGGAGACUGAGAGAGGAGCCCAGAGACUGCAGGAGCGCAGGAGAGAAGUGGCAGAAAAAGCAGCCGGUGAGACAGAGAGAGUCACUGCCCUGUUUAGAGACAUCAGGGAACAGCUGGAAGCCCUAGAGAAGCGACUCCUGAGUGACAUCUCCAGCCAGAAAGAGAAGCUCUCACUCACACUCACUGAUCUGAUGGAGCAGCUGGAAAUAAAGAAGGACGAGCUGUCCAGGAAGAUCCGUCACAUUGAGGAGCUGUGCAACAUGGCAGAUCCACUCACUGUCCUACAGGAACGGGAAUCACAUGGAGCUGCAGAUAAUGAGGGGGGCAGAGAGAGACAUGAUAUAAAGGUCCCUGCUGUAGGGGAUCUGGAUGUGGAUCUGAUCUCAGAGACAUUACUCACAGGCUUAGCUGCCAUUGGGACUGGGGUAAAGGGAAGGAUCUAUGGGCAGGAGGCUACAGACCUGUUACUGGAUAUAAACACGGCUCAUAAUCGUGUAUCUGUAUCAGGGGACAGGAAAUCUGCUUCCUACUCACUAACAAAACUACAUUACCCACAAUCCCCAGAGAGAUUUAAGAGUUAUGCUCAGGCUUUAAGCAGCAGGAGUUUCUCCUCAGGGCGACAUUACUGGGAAGUGGAGGUCAGUGAAUCAGGGGUGUGGGGGGUAGGGGUGGCCUAUCCCAGUAUAGAGAGGAGAGGGGGUCAGUCCUGGAUUGGGAAUAAUAAAAAGUCCUGGUGUUUGUACAGAUGGAAUAAUAACAGAUAUUCAGUGGAACAUGACAGUAAAAGGACACAUUUACCCCAUGUCCCUUCCUGCAGGAGAAUCAGGAUCUCAUUGGACUAUGAGGCCGGACGUCUGUCCUUUUAUGAGCUGAGUGAGCCAAUCAGACGCUUACACACCUUCACUGCCACAUUCACUGAGCCCCUUCAUGUUGUAUUUUACCUUAAUGGUGAUGGUACCUGGGUGAGAAUCAUUAAAUAAAUCUCUGCCCAGGGCUGGAGUCAAUGUUUAUAAGAAGCAAAUCUGCUGUGACUCCCCUUACCAGUGAAUGAAAGCCAACUUACCUUUUGAUAGAAGUGUCAGCCUUGAGGAUACACUGAGAUACUGAAUAAACACUGAUCAGUUCAGCCCUACUAAGUGUAUUUCUCUUAUCUGUUCCAUUACGUGUACUACAGGCAAGAUGUAUCAGGCCCUCGGGAAACGUUUCCUACUCCCAGUUUACGUUUAGAAGCUGCACAGAAAUUUAAGGGAAAGUACAAACUGCUAAAGGUACAGGAUACUGAAUUGUGACUUGUGUAACUGUGUAUGUAGAUUGCUAUAGGAUUCUGUAUAUUGUUGGCUGGCAAUUGAGCUUCUAUUUACACAUGUUCACUUCUUAUUACAAGGGCAGCUGAGACAAGCAAAGAGGUGUAAGUAACUAACUGACUGGCACAUCAGCUAUGGGCAGGUUGGGGUUUCGGCUCCUCUCACCACUGUGUAUAUCGAUAAAUAACGUGAAUUGAGUGACUUUUCACUUAUCUUGUGACUGUGUGACUGUAUUUGCUGCAAGAGUAUAAAUAUUGUUUUUAAUCCAUUUAAUAAUGUGUUUGUAUAUCUUUAUUGUGAUUAAUAAUAAAUUCUGAUUAUAUUU